AUGGACUCGGUGCCUUUGGAGCUCCAGAAACUCGUAUUGUGGCGAACCGUGGGUGUAUUUUUCGCUGUCUCCUUCCUUUACCUCCUGAUCAUCGGUUUUUUCACAUUUUCCGUCUUGCCCAGGUACAAAGUGCCCGAAAACAAGAGACCACCUUUACUGCCACGACCCAGCUUCUUAUCAAGAGGAAGCUUCCAGGCACUUUCCGCUUCAAAUAGCCCGGAAUCGCUGCCCCAGAAACGCAAAAACGGCUUCUAUCAGCAGCCUAACAACAGCAGCAGGUACCUACGCAGAGAUAGCUUUGGUGCUGAGUUGCGACAGGGGUACUUGGUGGGGCACAGGCUGGCGCUGGCGGUGGUGGUGGUGCAGUUUUUCCGGGAAAUUCCGCCUCAAUUGGGCGAUUUGUCUGUGGUGGCUGUCAUUGACCGUUCUACAGAAGGUUUGGACGGCGACGGAAACACGUAUACGCUGGUGCUGUUUCUGCCGCCCAAUCUCCGAAACUUGGAGUAUUUCACUGUGGAUGCCAUCUUGCUUCAAAGCACAGGCUCCGAAAAGAGCCCCAGAGACUUUGCUGAGUUUGGCAAGACCACGCCGUCGGACGCGUUUGACGACGAGGUGCUAGAGAAAAUCAAUUGCUGCCAAAGCGAUAGGGCUACUCUAAACAGACUCAACAAACGCUCAUGGAGACUACCUGCAAAACCUGCCAAAUGGCUACCGAGUCAGAUCCUCCAGGGCCUCCAUUUCCUCGUUUCUUGCAUUAUCAGCAUUCUAGUGUGUCUUCUAGACGGGCUUAAUUACCCCAUUAUGGGCACUUCAUUGGUUGAGGUAUCUGCUUUCUUUAGACAACUUGACCUCCGCCUUCGCCAGGUUGCAUACUUCCCAGCUCAGUUUCUCUUCUACAGAAACUCUGCAAUUCUCACGGAUCCCAGUUCGGACUGGCCUCACUUGUUGCAGCUUCCGCUGUAUAACGAGAAGUACAAUAUCAACAACUCCAACUAUAUCAACCUUUACAAUUCCAUCUGGCUCAUUGUCAACGAUAUUCUCAUUGGCAUCACCGUCUACAGACUUGCAUCCCAACGAGCUUACUUGGUGAACUUCCUCAACAUUAAUAUACUCAGCGAGAUGGCCUUGAAAUACCUUCGUCUGUUGGUCUUAUGGGUCGCUUCUGAACACCCCUACGGAUUUAAGCUCAAUGACGAGCUCGGCAAGUUUAUGGGGCUGAUGUUCAUUUGGACGUUAGAUGUCUGGACCCUGGUGUUUGAUCUGGUGCUAGAAAUCGCCCUGAAAAAGCCAUACUCGAUUGUCCUUGCGGGUCUUAUAAAAUGCAUCUGCUACAUGGGUGUGCUGUUUCUGAUAGCCGCUUUCACCGACUACAUUGCUGUGGUGACCCUUCAUAUCCACUUCUUCACAAUUGUGACCACCAAAGUGUACCAUCGCCAAACUGAGGCGCUCAAGUCCCUUUGGCAGUUAUUCCGGGGAAAGAAGUACAAUGUCUUGCGUCAUCGUAUUGACAAUCUCGAUGAAGAGCAGUUUCGUGUGGAUCGUUUGCUUUUGGGGACACUUCUCUUCACCAUCUUGGUCUAUUUGCUCCCAACGACGUUUGCCUUCUAUUUGCUAUUCUACGCAGCUAAAGCCAUCAUCUUCACGGUUGCAAAGUGGUGUGCCAAGCUUCUUGUGGUGUUAAACAUGUAUCCAUUAUUUGUGCUUCUCCUCAAGCUUAAGAAUUCACGUCGUUUACAAGGUGGAAUUGUUUUUGAGUCUCUAGGAGGUUCCAAAUCCACCAAUUGGCUCCUCAUGAGUAACAAGGCGCUCACGCGAGACGAAAUAUUCGUCAACUUCUGGCACGUUCUCCGGAAUGAGGGCAAGGUCGAACGGCUGUCCCAUGCGUAUGAGGAACACAAUCUCUAUGAAGUUUCAUUACCUUAG